AUGCCGGAUGCGACAGUCUCGUUGGUUCCACUUGACCACAGGACUGAGCUGCUUGGUACACAGCUCUGUCUUUCUCCACUAAUGAAUACGAAGGUCGCCCUUGCUCUGGCUUUGCCGGCUGAGCAACACGUGCAUGAUUUUGUCUCACGCAUCAUCAUCGACCAACCCGUCGCCGCGAAUCCUCGAUAUCAUGUGACUUCACCAGAACAAGCUCUGGGAUAUCUUUUCCCUACAGGCCUCCCCCAUAUUGCCAACCACAACUUGUACUCCAUUCGCAAUCGUCGAAAGAAGAAUGCGAAGAAGGGAGUUGAAUUUUGCGUGAUGGUUUGCGGCGGUUCCGGCACUGGUAAAACAACAUUUGUGAACACGCUCUGUGGGAAGAAAGUUCUGGAGAGCAAAGACUGUGACGAUGCCGGAAACGCCCACAUCGAGGAAGGCGUGAGCGUCAAAACAGUCACGGUUGAACUGGAAAUGGAAGAAGAGGGAACGAGGAUCGCUCUCACGGUGAUCAACACCCCUGGAUUCGGAGACCAGAUUGAUAACGAGGCCGGCUUUGGCGAAAUCAUCAGCUACAUCGAGAGGCAGUAUGAUGAGAUCCUUGCCGUCGACUGUCGCAUCAGGCGCAAACCUCGCUUCCAAGACACCCGUGUCCACGCUCUCUUGUACUUUAUCACCCCCACAGGUCACGGGUUACGAGAACUCGAUAUCGAGUUGAUGAAGCGGCUCUCUCCACGCGUAAAUGUGAUUCCUGUUAUCGGAAAAGCCGACUGCUUGACUCCAAUGGAGCUCGCUGCCUCCAAGAAACUGAUCAUGGAAGACAUCGAGUACUACGGAAUUCCGAUUUACGAUUUUCCGUAUGAUAUCGAGGAGGAUGACGAGGAGACUAUUGAGGAGAAUGCGGAGUUAAGGAGCAUGAUGCCUUUUGCGAUUGUGGGAAGUGAGGAUGUGGUUGAGGUCGAGGGGCAGCAGGUCAGGGCAAGGCAGUAUCCGUGGGGUAUCGUGGAGGUUGAUAAUCCAAAACACUCCGAUUUCCUAAUUGUCCGCUCUAUCCUAUUGAGCUCUCAUCUCGCGGACUUGAAGCAAAUCACGCAAGACUUCCUCUACGAGUCCUACCGUACCGAAAAACUGAGUAAAUCGGUCGAGGGCGGCAACGAAGCCGACUACUCCAUGAACCCCGAAGAUCUCGCAUCCCAAUCCGACCGCAUGACAGAAGAGCGUCUGCAGCGCGAGCAGGAGAAGCUGAAGGAGAUUGAGAUCCAAAUGCAGAAGGCCAUCAAUGAAAAGAGGCAGGAGCUGCUGGUAAGGGAGAACGAGUUGAGAGAACUGGAGGCGAGGAUGUAUCGCGAUCAUCCGGACCAGCUGGACGCGACCCCUGGUGGUGCUGGCAUUCAGGUGUGA